AUGCCCAAAAGAACACUUGAUGCAUUCUUCAAGCCUGCCGCACAGCCACCAAUUCCCAAAAAGCUCAAAUCAUCCCCUGACCCCUCAUCGCCACCGCCCAGCAAAACCAAAUACGCAACAGAAACAAUAAAAGAUGCAUCAGAAGAAGAAUUACCCCCAGAAUCACAUCCAGCAUAUCCAUUCUCCAUUGCCAAACUCCCUUCGCAUGUCUCCGUUGGUCUCUCGUUUGCAACACCUGCUAAACAACCGCGCGUGAUCAACGGCCAGCCCCAUCUCAACCUGCUGUACUAUGAACCAUAUAUUCCGCAACCCACCGCCAAAGAAUACUUCCACUUUCUCCGGCGUGAGCUGCCCUUUUAUCGAGUGAGAUAUACAAUCAAGCGCGGGCCGACGGAAACCGUCGUCAAUACGCCGCGCUAUACAACUGUAUUCGGAGUUGACAUAACAUCCUACUUCUCCGGGAUAAAAGGAGAAGGUGUUGACAAGAAUAAUGCCCUUCUUGACAGCAAAACAAACCAACCUAUCAAACCGGACAAGUACAAAUGCACGCCACGCCCCAUCCCUGGCUGCCUAGACUUGCUCCGCAGACGGGUUGAAGAAGCCCUAGCUGACGGGACAACUUACAAUUUCGUCCUAGUCAACUACUAUUCCUCUGGCGACGAUAGCAUCUCAUAUCACUCCGACGACGAGCGUUUCCUGGGCGCGAAUCCAAACAUUGCAAGCCUGACUCUGGGCGCAAAGAGGGAUUUUCUGAUGAAGCAUAAACCGCCGCCGUCUGCGGCCAAGGACACCUCCCUGUCCGGCGGCGAUAAACCGCUAAAAAUCCCGCUUGCCACUGGGGAUAUGAUUGUAAUGCGUGGCGAGACGCAGGCGAAUUGGUUGCAUUCUAUUCCAAAAAGAAAGGGUGGAGAGACUGGACAAGGUCGGAUUAAUAUUACGUUGAGGAAGGCAAUUGUGCCCGGGGGAACGGAGAAUUAUUAUAGAUAUAAUGUUGGCGAUGGUGGAUUUUAUCGAUGGGAUGACAAAGGCAAAGAGAUGGUGUGUCAAAAUGUCUGA